ACCCCUAACCCUAACCGCAACCUUAACCCUAACCCUAACCCUAACCCUAACCCUAACCCUAACCCUAACCGAAUUAAUAAAAAAAUCCAAAAAGAAACGACUUUAGAAAAUCGACAGGGCGGUUUGCUGGAUGGAAAAUAGUGCUAACCGGAGGGGGCAGUUGAAAAAUUCCAAGAAGUAGCAAAUUACUUGUAUUAAAUGUGUACCUUGACAGUUUUCAUCGUGUAUGGCAAAAAAUUAUCAUAAAAAAGAACCGGUUUUAUGUAAAUUAAUUUUGUGUACAAAGUACAGGGUUUGUCAAGCAUACUAGAGGAAUUUAUAUGCAAAUUAUUCUUACAGAAUUCGUUAAAAUUAGUAACCCGUGGUUUGCAGUCGCUCGAAUUGUUCACCAGAACGUCACGUGCAUUGCUGUGAUAAUUCUAAUAAACACGAAUUCUCGCAAGACAACUGUGGCUUUCCUUGUAACUGAUAAACUCGUCUGAGGCUAGAAAAGGACUUAAUGUUUGGUUGAAAAUCAGAAAAUUGUAUCACAAUGGUAAGUUUAAAUUCGAUGUAACAUGUAAAUUUUAAUACUUGAUUGAUCAUGGUAGAGGAGCUCUCAUGGUUUUCGAUUUGUCUUCCCCUAUUUAGUCGAUGAAGGAAAAGACAGAAUUCCUUUUUAAAGUGUUAGUGAUUGGAGAUCUCGGGACCGGAAAAACAAGCAUUAUUAAGCGUUAUGUCCAUCAGUUUUUUUCGAUCCAUUAUAGAGCCACUGUAUCCUUUGUAUGUGUAAAUCAGUAUGCUAAUUUCACAGUAUGUAGCUUUGGGUAUAUUUUAUAGUUAGAUAUAUACUUGUAUAUUAACCGCUUGUUUGUUAUAAAUAAAGACAUAGAGCCUUUAUUUGUUACUUAGGUUAUAUCUGAGAUGCAUCGCGAUGUUCUAUUUUACAAUUUGUAGCAAUAAAACUCGAUGAAAUAAUCGUUAUUUACAAUAUUUACCUAAGCGUACAAGUUUGUCAAGUAUUAAUUUGACAUGCCACAGUAGUAGCACGAUUUGGUAUUCGAUCAAAUUUAAAUGUGAUAUGGUUCGAUCAAAUUUAAGUAUUUAUUAUUUAUUAUCACUGUAAAAUAAAGAAUUUAUAUUUUUAGUAUAUUUAUACAAAUAUACCAAAACACUUGCUUCCCAUUUUAAUGUGCAAGAAAUAUUUGUGUCAUAACUGAUGUGGGAUAGAUAAUCUGGUUAAUAAUAAAGAAAGCUGACAAGACUCCAGAUUAUAUUACAAAAUAUUGUAGCAUUUAAACUGAACACUAUAUAUACUAGCUAUUGUCUUUGUAAUUAUUUGUUGGCUUUUGGCUAACCCGAGGUGCUAAUUAGUAAGUUAACCAAUUUCUAUUUGCUAAUUUCUUAUACCUAGUUUGUCAUUUGUACUCUGUUUUAUACUCAUUUUGCUCAUCAAGGGAAAAGUAUUAGCGUUACUGCAUGGACUACCAUUAUAUAUCUGUCAAUAUCUCUUGUAAACCCAAAGCUGCAAAUAUGCACCCAAUGACAGCACGUCUGCAUUUCUUUAACAAAUGUAAGAUUGGUGUUGACUUUGCAUUGAAAGUACUGAACUGGAACGAUGAUACCCUCAUCAGAUUACAGUUAUGGGAUAUCGCAGGUACGGUUCAUUAAUUAUAGUUAAAAACUACCAUAAAAACUGCCAUAGGGUAUUCAGUCCUUGUAAUUAAACUAUUUUUGCCUCGGCAAAAUAAUUGCCGAUGUCUGAACUCUUCUGCCAAACUGCUACCUUGCAUCGUUAAUUUCUUCUGCAGAGAAACAUAUUAACAAAUCUCCUUUAAUACUUCUGCACACCUCAGCAAAGAUAUAUUUUGGCAUGCUUCAGCUAGUACUGUGUCUAACGGAACGCCGUCCCCCCACCUUUUUUACCAGGGGAACGGCAUCCCCCCCUGCCAAAAUCAAAUGUGGGGGAAUGCUGUUCCCCCUGGCAGGGGUUAAAUAUGAGUGAAGUUCAGUGAACACGGCUUGACACCAUGGGUAGGAUAAAAGGAUAUUGACAUGAUAUAAGAACAUUGACAUGAUUGAAUGGAUAGGAUAAAAGGAUAGCUAUCAUCUAAGCUUAUGAUGAUCUAAGCCGAUUCAACUUGCAAAGUUGCCUGUUGCCGAAUUACUCACAUAGCACUAAUUGCAUCAUUGAAAUUCGAAAGUCAACGUUACGUGGUUUUAUUUGCUUUUUGACAUCUACCACGCGCAAGCUUUCUGUUUUUUAUGUUGUACUAAAUCCACUUCAAAGAUUAAGCUAUUGCAUAUGUACUUGUUCACUAUGACUAUGCAUAAGGCCACGCCCCAUCGAGUGACUACACCCAUUUUAUUUUCAAGACCGUCCCCCCACUUCUAAAAUUAGCAAAACAUCGCUGGUAGCACUUUCUCCUCAAUUAUUUUAAGACCUUGAGUAGAGGUCCGACCAACAUUGAACCCUGGUCUCCCGGCUUGAAAGGCGGGCGUGGUCACCACAAGACCAUAAGAGUUGUCGUCAAGCAUGUUUCUGACAAGCUUAGAAUCUAGUUCCCUUGUAAACAUUAAUGGUUAAUAUUAACUGUAUUUUUUUUAUUUUUAUAGGACAAGAAAGAUUUGGAAAUAUGACUAGGGUAGGUUAGGCUGCAGUUGGUCAUAGAUUGUUAAUUGCUAAUUACUCUAAUAAUGCCACACGAUUCUACUUAUGUUCAAGGGUAAUAAUAUCCGUUUAAAAUUAAUCGCAUCUAAAAUAUUUUUUAUUUACUAGGUCUAUUACAAAGAAGCAGUAGGUGCAUUUGUUGUGUUUGACGUCACUCGCGCUACAACAUACGAAGCUGUCGAGAAAUGGAAAAGUGAUUUAGAUAGCAAAGUCUUUCUACCAAAUGGCUCGCCAAUUCCUGCUGUACUUUUAGCAAACAAAGUAAGUUGAUAAUUCAGGGUAACAUACCAAUCUAUCGGCCAGGUGUGGAUCUAGCAGAUUUUUUUAGGAUGGUGCUGAACUACUCUAGGGGGAUUCUAGAUACCACUAGGACAGAAGAUCUGCCCCUUCUAUCAGUCAUAUAAUAAAGUUUAAUUUUGAAGAAAUAAAUCACAUUAAAUAUUGUGUUUUGACAGUGUGACCAGGUGAGCGAAGGCUUAUACAGCAAUACGACGCAAAUGAAUGAGUUCUGUGCCGAGAAAGGUUUUGCUGGCUGGUUUGAAACCUCAGCCAAGGAGAAUAUUGGAAUUGACGAAGCUGCUGCAUUCUUAGUUAAUAAGGUAAGUUUUUGUUACAGAGCUGCCAAGUUCCUGGUGGUUGAAUAUACACAUGCAAAAAUCUCACACCUUGUAACAAGUCUGCCGACAAGCCAUCAACAAGUUGUGUUCGCACUGCUUGUCCCAAGUUGUCAACAAGUUUGGAACAAGCUGUUAACAACUUGUAACAACCUUGUUGAUACUAUCUUGUUGCAAGUUGUUCCAACAAAUCCAAUACAGUCAUGAUAUAACAAUAUUGAUUAUUGUUACAACCUUGUGUCGUCAACCUUGUAACAUUCUUGUUAUAUCAUGACUGUAUCAGACUUGUUAGAACAACCUUGUAACAAGUCUGAUAAUGCCAUCAAGUUUUUAACAGCCUGUUCCAAACAUGUCAUACCAACUAGGAACAGGCAGUAUGAACACACGUAAAAAUGCACAAGUUGUUACAGGUUUUACAAACAACUUAAUUGUUACAAGCUGUCGACAAGUUGUGUUCACACUGCUAGUUCCUAGUUGUUGUAACAAGUUUGGAACAAGCUGUUUUCAACUUGUAACAAGCUUGAUGACAUUAUCAGACUUAUUGUUAACAGCUUGUUCCAAACUUGUUGACAACUUGGGACAUGGGACAAGCAGUGCGAACAUAACUUGUCGACGGCUUGUUGGCAGACUUGCUACAAGACUCUUUUCACACAAGUGAUGUUUUCGCAGCGCGCGAGAAUCGAACCGACGAUCUCAGAGGUGCGCCACUAAUUAUAUUUUUCUUCUGUUAUAGAUCUUAGACAACGAGUCGAAGACCCCAAUCGAGCUAAGUGCCUCUCAUCCGCCAAAUAAUGGCGUCAUUCGACCGGGGCAAAGACAACAUACUACGGGACAACGGAAAUCAGAGGGCUGUUGUUCAUAAAUACACACAUUCAUAAACACACAAUCAUGUUGAUAUAAUUUCUACGUAUUAGCAUGUUUUAGAUUACAUUUUCAUGCAGGGGCACACACCCUCUGCCUUUCAAUUGCACCUUUGAAGGGAGCAGGUAUUAUUUAUGGGGGGGGGGGGUGGCACCGAAGAGAAAAGGGUUGGGUAAACAAAAUUUUGAAUGAGUAAAAGGUUGGGUAAAUGAAAAACAAAACAACUCAAGAGUUGGGUAAUAAAAAAUUAUAAUUGUCAUUUCCAAAGCAUGACUCACUCAAAUAUUGAAGAAUAAAAAGCAAUGUCGACACUUGUAUGUCAAUACAAUAGGUAAAUCAAUCAGAGUCACUAUCUUGAUCAUUUUCCGAUUUGUCAGGAGGCAAAUGGUGUCUCCAAAGAAAGUACAUGUGCAGACAACAUGAAACUUUUGACUGCAGAAAUUUGCACAAGCAGUUUGAAGGAAGGGACGUGUGUGACAACUGAAUGGUAUCCUUUUGUAAAGUUUUUGGCCAGGGGUGGGUAUUUAUUUUUUAAUUGAUAUUUGAGGUUGGGUAAAAUUUUUUUGACUUUUUAGUGGUUGGAUCAGAAAAAUUUUCACGAAGAAAAACAUUUGUCUUCGGUCCCCCCCCCCUCCCUCCCCCCGCCAUAAAUGAUGACCGCGCCCUUAAUUGCUAUUAUUUAACUGAAAUCCACCAAUUCUCAUCUCAAACGAUUACAAAGUAAUGUAAUUUUAAACAUUUUGUGUUUCACACCUAAAAUAAUGAGUACAUUUUUGUAAACAAUAAUCAGGGUUCGUACGAAACUUGAAAGUCCUCGAAUGUCCUUGAAUUUGAAUUUGUAAAGAAGUACUUGAAAGUUCUUAAAUUUUUCUUGCUUUAGUUUUUGGAUAUUUUCUGAAAUUGUUUGACAUUCAAAACGGACAUUUUGUUGAAUUGACUUUGCAUGUCUAUAUAUCUGACAAAGCUGUUUGAAACUCAUUUAUAAAGGGGCUUAUAAAGUUGAGUUUCAACGUCAGAUUUUACUGAUUUCUAACCCCUUUUCUUGAAGUAUUUAGUCCUUGAAUUUGCUGAUACAUGGCCUUGAAUGUCCUUGAAAAGUCCUUGAAUUUGACUCUUAACUCUUCCUCACAUCUACGAACCCUGAAUAAUUAUAGUAUGUCUUGGAGUAAAAAUAUAUGUAACACUUUGUCAACAAGAUGCGUUUGCAACACGCUGGAACAAGUUGGUAACAAAUAUGCGUGCAACGUAAUGUCGUAAUCUAAUGUUGCGGGACAGUAAGGUGCAAUUAUUUAAAUUUGUGAAUUGGUAAUAUUUUGUAUAUGUAAUAAUAAAGCUAGCUCGCUUUGAAUCGAC